GUUUGAUAUAGCUUCUGCACCAAUGGUCCCCUCGAACCAAUUAGGUGUCGUUGACUGGUCGCUAUUUGACCUCCCGGUGACGCACUGGCACGCGGGGCUCGAAGCUUUGGCUCGUUGAGCUACAAUAAACUAGCCGCUGUGCCUCACCUCUGGCAUCCCACUCGGUCCAUUUUCUUGUUGACCGCUUCCAAACCCAUAUAUCUUCUCUUACACCUCCCAAUUUUUCUGCCCAACUUUUCUUCUCACAAGCACUGUCAUUCUCCUACCUUGUGCCGUACCCUUUAUCCAUCUGCUUUGAGCUUUCAGAGCGUCUGCGUUCCAGACGAGACCUCAAAUUUCGACAGUUCCUCUGACCACUUUCUCAAGCACCGGAUAUCCCCUCAUCCACCAUGGUUGGCAAAGCCGUCCACUUCGGCGGUGGUAACAUCGGCCGUGGUUUCAUCGCGGAGCUGCUCCAUGAGACUGGCUAUGAAGUCAUCUUUGUCGAUGUUGUCGACGAUCUCAUCAACCGAAUCAACGCCUCCAAAACAUACAAGAUUACUGAGGUCGGUGAAGAGGGGGAGAAGAGCAAGGUCAUCACAAACUACCGUGCAAUCAACUCAAAGUACAACAUGGACGAGGUUGUGCAGUGCAUCGCUGACGCCGACAUUGUCACCUGUGCCGUCGGUCCCAACGUUCUCAAGUUCAUUGCUAAGCCGAUUGCUGAUGGCAUUGCGGCACGUACAAAGUCCAAACCUCUUGCUGUCAUCGCCUGCGAGAACAUGAUCAACGCCACCGAUGCCCUCAAGGCCCUCAUCACCGACGAGAAGAACAUGAAGCCCGAGGUUCUCAAGGAUCUUGCUUCCAAGGCCGAAUUUGGAAAUUCUGCUAUUGACAGAAUCGUCCCAACGCAGCCUCCGCAUGCCAACCUCGACGUCGUCAUCGAGAGCUUCUACGAGUGGUGUGUUGAGACCACCGGUUUCAAGUCGGGCCAUCCAGACGUCAAGGGCAUCCACUGGGUCGAUGACCUCGAGCCAUACAUCGAGCGCAAGUUGUUCACUGUGAACACCAGCCACGCUACUGCCGCAUACUUUGCCUACUACAAGGGUAUCAAGACCAUCCAUGAAGCCAUGGCAGAUCCCGAGAUCCGACAAGAAGUUCACGAGGCUCUGGAAGAGACCGCGCACCUCAUCAGCGGAAAACACGGCAUCACCCCGGAGGAGCAACAGCAGUAUGUCGAUACCAUCAUCUCUCGCAUUUCCAACCCUCACCUUGAAGAUGUCCCCGUCCGCGUCGGACGUGCCCCUCUCCGAAAGCUUGGUCGCAAAGAGCGCUUCAUUGGUCCUGCUGCUCAGUUGGCCGAACGUGGCUACGAUGUGACGGCCCUGGUCCGUGGCGUGGAGAUGGCUCUUCGAUUCCAGAACGUGGAAGGUGACGAAGAGAGCAAGGAAUUGGCACAUAUCAUGAGCACCAUGAGUCCCGAGGAAGCAACCACCAAGCUCACUGGUCUCGAGCCAAGCCAUCCUCUCUACCCCAAGAUCCUGGACAAGGUCAAGAUCGUCCAGAACGAGAAGAAGUAGACUUGACUGGCCUCUGCUUGCGACCGAUGCAGUCGAUUGUUACGAGACACGCGAGAGGUGUCGGUGGGGUUCCAUGGAGACGGGGAAGGGAUGGUCCUUCCGCUACUUUGCAGGAUUCGAAAAGCACACUUCUCAGAUAGACUUCGCACGAACAGCGCCACGAGUAUUUUGAUAAUCUGAGCGCUGUGGACCAAAUUCAACGUCAGAUCAUACAGUCCACUGAAACCCCGUUUCGUCGUAGCGUCUUGGACUAGAAAUCAACGGGGCGUUCGAGUCAUUGGUGCCCCUCUCUGAGUUGUGCUUGAAUCGCCGUUGAUGCUCCACGGGGCGAGCAAGUCAUUAUUGGC